AUGGAUGAUCGAAGACAGGCUUCUUUAGAGACCUCGCCGUCCACUCCAAAUUAUGACGUUGAUUGGGAUGGCCAUGAUGAUCCCGCCAAACCAAUCAAUUGGCCGAAAUGGAGGAAACGAGGCAUUAUUUAUGCAUUGUGCGCAAUGCGAUUUACAACGCCAUUCGCUUCAUCAAUGAUGACUCCGUCACUUUUGAGCAUUCAAGAAGACUUUCCAGCAGCUUCCAAAUCCCUGCUCAGCUUCUCGGUCUCAAUUUACAUCAUUGGAUUUGGGUUGGGGCCGCUCAUCCUGGCCCCUCUUUCAGAGAUACAUGGGCGAAAUGUGGUAUAUCACGUUUCGAAUAUCCUAUUCACAAUUUUCACUGCUCUAUGUGGCCUAUCACCUAGUAUUGGAGCGUUAUUGGCGUUCCGGCUAAUGGCUGGAUUCUUCGGCGGUGCGCCCCUGACAAAUGGUGGAGGAACAAUUGCUGAUAUUGUGCCCGUUGAGAAGCGAGGCUUGAUCAUGAGCGUAUUCUCUGCUAGCAUGCUGGCCGGCCCCACCCUUGGACCGGUGGCUGGUGGCUUUCUCGCCGAGGCCAAAGGUUGGCGCUGGAUAUUCUGGAUCCUCACAAUUCUUAGCGGAUGUACCACCAUCUUCAGUUUUGCUGUGCUGCGUGAGACCUACGGCCCCUUUUUGCUGCAACAAAAAGCCAAUCAGAUUCGCAAACAGUCAGGGGAUUCCCUCUACCAUGUCAAAGGACAGACAUAUAAGACCUUGGGGCAGCUUCUGAUAAUUGCAACUACCCGACCGAUACGAAUGCUGAUAAACCCGAUCAUCAUGGGAAUGUCCUUGUACAUGGCUGUCAUGUACGGUGUUCUCUAUGUUCUCUUCACAACAUUCUCUGUUGUCUUCCAAACUCACUAUGGGUUCAAAGAAGGCGUUGCCGGACUCUCUUACCUAGGGAUUGGAGUUGGAAGCGUUCUCGGAAUGAUUUUCUAUGGUUACUAUGGCGAUAGAAUCCAGUUGAAGCUUGCUGAGAAGCACAAGGAGUCGAAGCCGGAGUUUCGAUUACCACCAUUAAUACCAAGUUUCUUUGCUAUGCCAAUUGGCCUGAUCAUAUAUGGCUGGACGGCGCAGUAUCACUGUCACUGGAUCCUACCUAUCAUUGGGACAGGAUUCUGCGGCUUCAGCUUGAUGGGUUGCUUUGCUGCCAUUCAAUCGUACUUGGUGGAUGCCUUCACUAUUUAUGCCGCUAGUGCAUUGGCAGCCAACAGUCUUAUUCGAAGUCUUGCUGGCGGUUUAGUACCCCUCGGGGGACUGGGACUCUAUGAUAAGAUUGGACUGGGUUGGGGAAAUACUCUACUCGCAUUUCUUUCCUUGAUAUUCGGACUCUUCCCUUGGGUGUUUUAUAGAUAUGGAGAGCGGCUGAGGCAGGUUAAGAUUGGUUUGGAAUGA